UCACGGAAAGGUGCUCUCUGUUCCACUCUUCUUUGCUGUUUCUCUUCCACUCAGUUCUCGAUCGCUCUCUCUAUUCCGCGUGAUAAAAAAAAGCGAGCCUGCUGCUGGCUGAUGCGAGUGGGCUUGUGUGGUGAGUGCGAGGGAGUGAGUGCGAGGAGAAGAGUUUUAGAGUCAGACAGUCGUAUCGGUUUUGUGUAUUCUCUAUCCCGGGAACAGAACGUAGCAUAGCGUUGCCGUCAAGGCGUGCUUGUUCUCAGUUUAGCUAAACUACAACGUCCAUUGUGUUAUCCUUGUUGCGUGUAAUGGCCGCCAACGGGUUUGUUGACGCCGCUACUCUUUGCGUUCUACAACAGCUCGUUGUUGCUCGAUGAUGUCGCGCAUCGAGCGCCUCUGAGAAGGAUCGAUUGAGACACUUGAUCGGCUAAACAUUGUGAUUAUUUUUUUUUCGCGCCCCCCCGAGUGUGUGACCACGACGCCUGACCUGGACUUUACCAUUUAUCUACAUAUAUAUAUAUCCAUAUUUAUUUCAUAUCUACAUAAUAUAAUAUAUAUCUAUAUAUCUGUAUAUAAUUAUAUACCAGCGAGUUUUUUUUUCAUGCCGUCAAGACAAGUUCCUGAAGAGUGAACCCCAGGAGUCGGGAGACAAGACUCGAGUCGCUAACAGUCAGCACUACUUGGUCGACAUGAACUCUGCGAGCUGGCAACGCUCUGUUCUGACAAGUGUGUCGCCCUGACGGAGCACAUCAUCAUCACGAGGAAAAUAUUUUGUUAGUUAACGAAAAGAAACCGGAAAGUCCUUGAAUAAUUACCAGAGUUUUACACCAUUGACCUUUGGUCACCGCGUCCUUCUUUCUCUGACCUCUUUUUUUCGUCUAACCCUUCUGCUCCGUUACGAACAAGAGCUGUCUCACGGCCGGUAGUUGUAUAUAUUUUAAAUAUUUAAAAAAGUUAAGUUAAGACGUCAGUACAGUGGGUUCUAUUGCUGGAACAAUUGAAAAUCAUUAUUUAUUUAGUAUAAAUAUUACGAUAAUUGUUUAAAAUAUCUCCCGCGCACUUGCCGCUGCCGUUAUGGCAACUCGCCGAUCAUCCGGGUGCAUUAAACUGGACAUUGAAGUGUACUGACAAUAAAAACAGUAGCAGUUGAAAGUAUCCUCCAGUAUCAAGCGGCAUCACACAUCAGAUUAUAUCUUGAUUUGUUAUAACGGAUGUCCAUUGAUUGCGCAGGGUCAUAAGCAGCGCAUCAAUGGCCCUAGAGUCAAAUGGUAACAACGUGGUAUGGUUGAGUACAACCCAUCCUGAUCAAAUACAGCAGCACAUUGUUAUCAAAGACGAAACACUGCAAAUUGAUGAUAGCGAAGAUCAACACCAGCAGCAUCGGUUCCAACGUGAUUUGAUUAAAAUCCCAAAUCAAUCGAGUCAACAAGUUGAGCAACCAGUCAAGUGUUCCAUGUUUACUCAAACGGAGCAGACCAAUAGUUUUACUCAAACAGAACAAAGUAACUCUAGUUAUACGGACCAACGUCAGCCUCAAUUAGCAAACAUGUUUGAUCCACAACAAAUUCAGCAGCAGCAAGCUGCUCAGAGUCAGCAGUCACAGCAGCAGCAGACGCAGCAGAUGUACGUGACGGAGAAGAAAGAAGACAAGUCUCAGCAGCAGACAACAGCAGACAAUUUUCCGUUUUAUUACAAUGUCAAUAUGGUGCAGAAACUACAGACCAAUGCGGUUAGCACUAUAAGUGCAAUAACCACCGAUGAUAAAGGCUGUUAUCGUUUUGACGUUCAGCCAGUCGCUGGUUACAAUUCGCUUCUAAAUCAAAUGAGUAUAGCCGCUGCUGCAACCAAUGCUACUUUCAAAUGUGAUUUAUGUGGACUAGUUUUUGGGCACAUGAGUCUGCUUACUCACCACAAGAGGAUCCACAAUACAACACCAAGUAGUCUUCAGCAACCACAGCAAGUUGUAGUCCAGACUCCUACUACUGUCACGGUUGCGACCACACCUGAGCGCCCUUACACUUGUGAUGUAUGUGGCGCUUGUUUUGCGUUACCUGGUGAAUUAAAAAGCCACAAAACGAACAUGCAUCAGAAACCCAAGGUACAGGCAUGUGAAGAGUGUGGGAGUGAAGAUCCUUGUGAGCAUAAUCCUACUAAAGUUAAAAAGACAAUCAAACCUGGACAUCAUCCUGUCAAACGACGAGGAGUGACCAGUGUUACCAAGUGCCACAAAUGCAACGGAACGGGAAUUAUUUUUAUCGGUAAAGAUGAAGAAAAACUUGAUUCUGGAAUCAGUUCUCUUGCGAAGUGUGGCGUCUGCAAGGCAACAGGCCACAUCACCAUCGGAAGCGGCAAGCAAAAUCAGAACCAGCCGGAGAAGCCAUUUCAUUGUAAUGUUUGCGAUGGAACAUUUUCACGCUAUUCGUCGCUUUGGUCCCACAAGAGACUUCAUUCUGGAGACAAGCCAUUUAAAUGCGAAGUCUGUAAUCUUGCCUUUGCUAAGGCGGCAUAUUUGAAAAAUCAUGGACGUGUUCAUACUGGCGAAAAGCCAUUUAAGUGUAGCGUAUGUGGUAUGCAAUUUUCUCAGAGUCCUCACUUGAAGAAUCAUGAGAGAAUUCAUUCGGGCGAGCGUCCGUAUCAGUGUGAAGUGUGUGAAAAAACAUUUGCAAGACACUCAACACUCUGGAACCAUCGGAGAAUUCAUACUGGUGAAAAACCGUAUCGCUGUAAUACGUGUGGUUCAGCUUUCAAUCAGGCGACGCACUUGAAAAAUCACGCAAAGGUUCACACUGGAGAAAAACCUCACAGAUGUGAUAUUUGUGAGAUUGGAUUUUCUGAUCGUUUUGCUUUGAAACGUCAUCGGGCCAUUCACGAAAAGUACGGACAGACCGCACGAAAUCAGAACGCUAACAAUGCGAGUAACACGCAGCAGCCAAACACGAGUAAUCAACAGCAACAACAGCAGCAGCAACAGCAGCAACAACAGCAACAGCAGCAGCAGCAGCAACAACAGCAGCAGCAGCAGCCCCAACAAGCUCAACAGGGGCAACAACUUGUUGUGGUGAAUGCCACCACGCCAGUGACUGUUAGUCAAGGCCAGGGACAGACAGUAAUGCUUGAUGAAGUUUAUAAAUGUCAAGUGGCCUUCCCGGAGCCUAAAUGAUUUGAUACUUGAAGGACUCCUGCUAAAAUUUGUGCUGAGCCGAAUGAGGUUAUUGCUUCUUCAUAUAAUUUUAAUACAGUAUAACUAAAAAAAGUAACAAGUGAAAUAAUAAUAAAUUAAAAUGUUUUAUCAUUGUCAUUAAUCAGAGGUGUAUGUGCAGCGCAUUUUUAUAUGAACAAUUUACAAUAGCGAUGCCGUUCAUCUUGGGAAAUAAAUAAUAAAUAAAUAAAUAAAAUAAAAUAUUUUAAUUAAUUGAUAAGACAUAAGCCAAUCGACGUUGUAAGCUUUAUAAAUAAUAAUAAUAAUAAUAAUGAUAAUUAAUUAUUAAUAAAUAAUAUGAAAGAAUUGUACGUGAUAGGUCGUGGUUACGGUGACUUGGAUAGCAUGAGCCGGAUAAUUUUUUUCUUCAGUGCAUAAUACAUUUUUUUUUGUCAUUUAUUAUUUAUUAAAUAGAUUUGAUAAAUUAAUUUUUCAUUAAAUAUCUUAGAGUAAGAAGUUGAUGAAAAAAUAAUUGAAAAAAAAAAAAUGAAUAAAAAUUAUGUGAGCAAAUCGAUUACUAAUUUUAAACCACAUAAAUAAUUUACGAGGCUCACAUCCGUCCAGUCAUCCGUGAUUGUAAACUAGGGUUGUAACAUUUUAGUUACAAAAAAUAUUUAAAAACAAGUAAAGUAGAAAAAAAAUGAAUUUAAAUGGUGAAUUUAAUAGCAAGUUGAAAGCUGCAAUAACAAUGAUGCGAGUAAGCGAUUGGCGGACAUCUGUUUUAUAAUUUUAAGAUCAAAUAGUAUAUUAAAAAAAAAGAAAAAAAAAAACUAAAAAAUAUCAGUUAUAUUAAAACAACUUUAAUGAUAGUUUCUAAUAGAUAAUAGAUAAUUAGGAUAAUUAUACAUACAUGUAACUUUAAUUAUUAAUUAUUUUUGUCUCGUUAAAUUUAUUUGUAUGAGUUAGUUUAAUUAACAUAAGAUGCUAAUGACAUUUUUUUUCCGGUUUAUGAUUUUUUUUUUUUUUUUUUUCUAACAAAAUCAAAGUAUGUCUUCAUAAUAUUUUUAAUAAUAUAUAUAUUUAAUAUAUAUAAACAAUACGUGGGAGAUAAUUGUGCAGCUUUUUUUUCAUGGUAAUAAAUUUCGAGCCUGACUAACUGGAAAAAAAAAAAGUUAUAAAUUUUUUAAAAUUAAUAUUAAAUAUAAUUAAUAAUAAAAAUAAACAAAAUGGUUCAAUGAUUA